AUGACCAACAAUAAUUCCACUGCCUGUGAACCAGUGAACCAGACAGCCCACAUUUUCUUCAUCAUCAUCUACAGUCUCAUUUUUCUGGUGGGUUUGUUCCUGAACGGUUUCACACUGAGGGUUUACUUCUGCUCGGCCCAGCGUCAGGCGUCCAGCAGUGUCACCAUCUAUCUGAAGAACUUGGCAGCCUCGGACUUCCUCAUCAGUCUCUGCCUCCCCCUGCGGAUCAUAAAUUACGCCAGCAACUCCGUCUUCAUCAAGCAGGUCUACUGCAACUUUGGAGCUUCCGCCUUCUACCUCAACAUGUAUGCCAGCAUCCUGUUCAUGGGCUACAUCGCAGCAAACAGGUAUCUGAAGAUCAUCUAUCCUGUAGGAAACCAUGUCCUGCAGACGCCCAGAGCCACCUACAUAAUCUCUGCAGUCACCUGGGGGUUCCUUCUGGCCAUGACCAGCACCUACGUGAUCCUGUCCCUCCUCACCCAGGAGGCUCGGGAUAAUGUCCCUGGUAUGGUGAGUUGUGACGUCCUGCACAGUAAGCAGGUCAGCCUGUUCUACAAAGUCAUCCACUCCUGCUUGGCCACCAUCUUCCUGCUGGUCCUCGUCUCCCUGAUCUUCUUCUACUCCACCACCUCGCGCCGGCUGCUGCUGGCACAGAAGACUCAGCCGGCGUCCUCCAACUCCAAGAAGUUGAUUAAGUCCCGCAGGAACAUGCUGGUCCUGGUCAGCGUCUUCUGCUUUUGCUUUUUCCCUUACCACCUGGUCCGCCUCCCCUACGCCUUCAUAAAAAACUUGCUGUGCUCGUCGAGCUGGUGGUUCUUCUACCUGAAGGAGCUGACCAUUGUGGUGUCGGUUCUAAACAUCUGCCUAGACCCCCUCAUCUACUUCAUCUUCUGCAAGGCGUUCCGGGCCCAGAUGAGUCUGAGGAGGGUUUUCAGCACCACGCAGAUCACAUCGCAGGUGACAAAUGCACACCGGAGGAGCAGCGGUGGGCGGCUGGGCUCCUUAAGGAACAUCAGGAAGCUGUCGCUCACUCCGAACACUAACCACACCAGCGUGGUGUAA